AUGGCGACGGCGAAAGAAGGCAAGGGAAUAGGCAUAGACUUGGGCACAACAUACAGUUGCGUCGGCGUAUGGCUAAACGACCGCGUCGAGAUCGUACCCAACGACCAAGGCAACCGCACAACCCCCUCCGUUGUAGCCUUCACUGACACCAAACGACUCGUCGGCGAAGCUGCGAAAAACCAAGCAGCCAUGAACCCAACCAACACCAUCUUCGAAGUUAAACGCUUGAUUGGCCGGCGUUUCUCUGACCCAUCAGUCCAAAACGAUAUAAAGCUCUGGCCGUUCAAGGUCGUUCCUGGCCCAGGUGACAAACCCAUGAUAGCUGUUCGAUACAAAGGCGAAGAGAAACUCUUUUCCCCUGAAGAAAUAUCGUCUAUGAUCUUGGCGAAGAUGAAGGAAUAUUGUGAGGCCUUUCUGGGUCAUCCUGUGAAUAACUCUGUGAUCACUGUGCCUGCUUACUUCAAUGACUCUCAGAGGCAAGCCACCAAGGACGCUGGUGCAAUAGCUGGGCUGACUGUGAUGAGGAUUAUCAAUGAGCCCACUGCUGCGGCCUUAGCCUACGGUUUGGACAAGAAAGCUUCGAGGAAAGGUGAGGAAAAUGUGCUUAUUUUCGAUCUUGGUGGUGGGACUUUUGAUGUUUCUUUGUUGACGAUUGAAGAGGGUAUAUUUGAAGUUAAGGCAACUGCUGGUGAUACCCAUUUGGGGGGUGAAGAUUUUGAUAAUAGGCUUGUGAACCAUUGUGUGGCUGAGUUUAAAAGGAAAAAUAAGAAGGAUAUUAGUGGGAGUGCCAGGGCUUUGAGGAGGUUGAAGAAUGCUUGUGAAAGAGCCAAGCGGGCUUUGUCAUCGACCACUCAGACUACCAUUGAGGUUGAUUCUUUGUAUCAAGGGAUCGAUUUUUACACCAUUAUUACACGGGCAAGGUAUGAGGAGUUAUGUAUGGAUUUGCUCUUGAGGUGUAUGGAGCCAGUGGAGAAGGUUUUAAGGGAUGCCAAGAUUGAUAGAAGGCAAGUUCAUGAGGUGGUUCUUGUUGGUGGGUCGACUAGAAUUUCAAAAAUUCAACAACUUUUGCAGCAUUUCUUCAAUGGGAAGGAGCUUUGCAAGAGUAUCAAUCCUGAUGAGGCAGUGGCUUAUGGUGCAGCCAUUCAAGCUGCAAUUCUAACAGAAGAAGGGGAUCAGAAGGUUCAGGACUUGUUGUUGCUUGAUGUUGCACCAUUGAGCCUUGGGCUAGAGACCGCUGGUGGUGUCAUGACGACUUUGAUCCCAAGAAACACUACAAUCCCAACCAAGAAAGAGCAAAUCUUCUCUACUUAUUCAGAUAAUCAGCCUGGUGUUUUGAUUCAGGUGUAUGAAGGUGAGAGAGCAAGAACACGAGAUAACAAUCUUCUUGGGCAGUUUGAGCUCAAGGGUAUUCCUCCAGCGCCCAGAGGUGUGCCGCAGAUCAAUGUGAGCUUUGACAUUGAUGCAAAUGGUAUAUUGAAUGUGACUGCAGAGGAUAAAACUGCUUGUGUGAAGAACAAGAUCACCAUUACAAAUGAAAAGGGAAGAUUGAGCAAAGAUGAUAUUGAGAAGAUGGUGAAAGAUGCUGAGAGGUACAAGGCUGAAGAUGAGGAUGUGAAGAGGAAAGUGGAGGCGAGGAAUGCGUUGGAGAAUUACGCCUAUAAUAUGAGGAAUACUGUGAAGGAUGAGAAAUUUGCCGGUAAACUUGAUCUGGCGGACAAGGAGAAGAUUGAGAAGGCGGUGCAGGAGACGAUAGAGUGGUUGGAUAGGAACCAGUUGGCUGAAGUUGAUGAGCUUGAGGAUAAAUUGAAGGAGUUGGAGAAUAUAUGCAAUCCCAUUAUUUCCAAGAUGUAUCAGGGUGGUGGUGCUGCAGUUUCAUUUGAUGUGACUUGA